AUGUCGGAAGCAAAUCGAGAUGUCUCGCAGUACAAGUACUCAGCCAUGUCGAACCUGGUCCUCCAGGCGGACCGUCGAUUCGUCACACGACGAACCGAUGAGGCCACUGGUGAUCCAGAGUCGCUGGCUGGGCGCUUGAGCAUCCGGGACAUGGGCGCUCGAGUUGCCCGCGACGACGCGCCGAAGCCGAAGAAACAACCCGGACUCCCAGAUAUCGAGAGGGGAAGUCUGAGAGAAGGCGAAGAUAUCCUGGCACGAGAACAGCGAAGGCGGAAGGCGGAAGCGCACCAGUCUGCCGGCGUCCUCGGCGCUAACGACCUCCUGGUGGAGGGCAUCACAUACCGACCGCGCACACCAGCGACACGAGCGACGUUUGAUCUAAUCAUUACAAUUGUGGCGAACAAUCUCGGCGACGUACCCCACGAGGUCGUGCGCAGCGCGGCGGACGCUGUGCUGGAGUAUUUGAAGGACGACGAUUUGAAGGACCUGGACAAAAAGAAGGAGAUCGACGACAUCUUGGGCGUGGCUUUGAACCCCAAGCAGUUCAACGAGUUGGUAAAUCUAGGAAAGAAGAUCACAGACUACGAUGCCCAGGAUGAUGACGAGGAUGUCGCCAUGGGAGGUGCUGAUGGUGACGACGCCGAAAUCGACGAACGUCAAGGUGUUGCUGUGGCCUUUGACGAAGACGAAGACGAUGAAGAAGGCGGCAUUGUUCACGAAGUUCGCGACGAAUCAUCGGAUGACGAGGAGGAAGAGGAAGAGAAGGACGAGAAUGCCGAGGCCAAGGAUGAAGAUGCCGUUGUCGAUGUGGGUGAUGAAAUGAUCCUCGACUCAGCACCAUCAGGAGGCAAACAAGCCGAGAAAGAGAAGCAUAGCGUGCCCGCGCGAGACAUUGAUGCCUUCUGGUUACAACGCCAAAUUGGUAUCUUAUACCCUGAUGCUCACGAGCAGACCGACAAGACCAAGGAGGCGCUUCGCAUUCUUUCAGGCGAGCCAGACGAGGCCGAUGGCGAGGAAAAGUCGCUGCGCGAGAUUGAAAACGACCUCAUGGAAUUAUUCGACUUUGAACAUCACGAGUUGGUCCAGAAGCUCGUUGAGAACAGAGAGAAGGUCUACUGGCUCACCAAGCUAGCUCGCGCAGAGACUCCCGAACAACGCGCCGAUGUUGAAAGAGAGAUGGGCUCGGAAGGUCUGCAAUGGAUUCUCAACGAGUUGAAGGGCCAUAGUUCAGGCGAGGGCAAGAAGGGCAAGAUGGACAUUAAGAUGGAUAUCGACGUCCCGGCCUCUUUCACCGCAGAGGCACCCAAGCCUGAGCGCGCCGAAGGCCAGCUAGUUGGCGGGCUUCAGCCCAGGAAGCUCAUCAACCUCGACAACCUGGUCUUUGAUCAAGGAAACCAUCUCAUGACAAACCCCAAGGUCCGACUACCUGAAGGGUCGACCAAGAGGACAUUCAAGGGCUACGAGGAAAUUCACAUUCCUACCCCCAAGAAGCGCAACGAGCCCGGCGAUGUCUUGAUUCCCAUUACCGAUAUGCCAGAGUGGUCUCGCAACCCCUUCAGCAAGAACCAGUCCCUGAACAAGAUCCAGUCCAAGUGCUACCCUUCAGCAUUUGAAGAUGAUGGCAACAUGCUUGUUUGUGCUCCCACUGGUAGUGGAAAGACCAACGUUGGUAUGCUUGCUAUCCUUCGCGAAAUCGGCAAGCACCGCAACCCUGAGACUGGUGAUAUCGACCUUGAUGCAUUCAAGAUUGUGUGUAUCGCCCCUCUCAAGGCCCUGGUACAGGAGCAGGUCGGCAACUUGGGAAACCGACUCGAGCCCUAUGGCAUUCGAGUUUCAGAGUUGACUGGUGAUCGUCAGCUCACCAAGCAGCAAAUCGCCGAGACACAGAUCAUUGUGACCACUCCUGAAAAAUGGGAUGUCAUCACCAGAAAGUCAAAUGACCUGACCUAUACAAACCUGGUGCGCCUGAUCAUCAUCGACGAAAUCCAUCUGCUGCACGAUGAUCGUGGACCUGUGCUGGAGAGCAUCGUUAGCAGAACGAUCCGCAAGACCGAGCAGACUGGUGAACCCGUCCGUAUCAUUGGUCUCUCUGCUACUCUACCCAACUACCGAGAUGUUGCUAGCUUCUUGCGGGUAGACACCAAGAAGGGCCUCUUCCACUUUGACGGCUCCUUCCGACCAUGCCCCCUGCGUCAGGAGUUUGUUGGAGUCACGGAUCGCAAGGCCAUUAAGCAACUCAAGACGAUGAACGAUGUGUGCUACAACAAGGUCAUCGAGCACGUGGGCACAAACAGAAACCAAAUGCUCAUUUUCGUUCACUCUCGAAAGGAGACAGCCAAGACAGCCCGUUACAUUCGAGACAAGGCGCUCGAGAUGGAUACGAUCAACCAGAUUCUUCGACACGACGCUGGCAGUCGAGAAGUUCUCAACGAGGCAUCGUCUCAAGCAACCGACAAGGACCUCAAGGACAUCCUGCCCUACGGUUUUGGUAUCCAUCAUGCUGGUAUGAGCAGGAUAGACAGGACAGACGUGGAGGACCUCUUUGCCCGUGGCGCUAUCCAGGUUUUGGUGUGCACUGCGACACUGGCUUGGGGUGUGAACUUGCCAGCGCACACAGUCGUCAUCAAGGGAACACAAGUCUACUCUCCCGAGAAGGGUAGCUGGGUUGAGCUGAGUCCACAGGAUGUUCUGCAGAUGCUUGGACGUGCAGGUCGACCUCAGUACGACACCUACGGUGAAGGUAUUAUCAUCACGACACAAAGCGAGAUGCAAUACUACCUCUCGCUUCUGAACCAGCAGCUUCCGAUUGAAAGUCAGUUCGUGAGCAAAUUGGUCGACAACUUGAACGCCGAGAUCGUUCUUGGCAAUGUCAGAACACGCGACGAAGGUGUUGAGUGGUUGGGAUAUACCUAUCUGUUCGUCCGAAUGCUCCGUUCGCCUGGUCUGUACCAGGUCGGGGCCGAGUAUGAAGAUGAUGAAGCUCUUGAGCAGAAGCGGGUUGACCUGAUUCAUUCUGCUGCCAUGGUUCUCCGAAAAUCCAACCUCAUCAAGUACGAUGAGAAGACGGGAAAGCUCCAGUCAACCGAGCUCGGUCGCAUCGCUUCUCACUACUACAUCACCUUUGGAUCCAUGGAAACCUACAACAACCUAAUUCAACCCUCCAUCACAACCAUUGAGCUGUUCCGCGUCUUUGCUCUGAGCGCCGAGUUUAAGUACAUCCCUGUUCGACAAGACGAGAAGCUCGAGCUAGCCAAGCUCCUGGGUCGUGUGCCGAUUCCUGUCAAGGAGAGUAUCGAGGAGCCCCAUGCCAAGAUUAAUGUGCUGCUGCAAGCGUACAUCUCGCGCCUCAAGCUUGAUGGCCUGGCCUUGAUGGCGGAUAUGGUGUACGUGACCCAGUCUGCCGGCCGUAUUCUCCGCGCCAUCUUUGAGAUCGCGUUGAAGAAGGGCUGGGCUUCUGUUGCCAAGACCGCUCUGGAUCUUUGCAAGAUGGCCGAGAAGCGCAUGUGGCCGACCAUGUCUCCCCUUCGUCAAUUCCCUUCAUGCCCUCGGGAUGUCGUUCAAAAGGCAGAGAGAAUCGAUGUGGCUUGGAGCAGUUACUUCGACCUGGACCCCCCUCGCAUGGGCGAGCUUCUGGGCAUGCCUCGAGCUGGUCGGACUGUCUGUGGCCUCGUCGCCAAGUUCCCUCGUGUUGAAGUCCAGGCUCAAGUGCAGCCCAUGACUCGUUCGAUGCUACGUGUUGAGUUGAGUAUCACUCCCAACUUUGAAUGGGAUGAUUCUGUCCAUGGAGCUGCCGAGAACUUCUGGAUCCUGGUCGAAGAUUGCGACGGCGAGGAUAUUCUCUACCACGACACUUUCUUGCUCCGCAAGGAGUAUGCCGAGUCUGAGACGAAUGAGCACAUCGUCGAUUUCACGGUGCCCAUCACAGACCCCAUGCCUCCCAACUACUUCGUCUCAGUUGUAUCUGACCGAUGGAUGCAUUCUGAGACGAGGCUUCCCGUGCCCUUCCACAAGCUGAUCCUGCCCGAGAAGUUCCCUCCCCACACUGAACUUCUCGAGCUUCAGCCUCUGCCUAUCUCCGCUCUUAAGGUGGCAAGCUACGUUGACCUCUACCCUGACUGGAAGCAAUUCAACAGGAUCCAGACUCAAACGUUCAACUCUCUGUACAAGACAGACCAGAACGUAUUUGUUGGAGCUCCCACAGGCAGCGGCAAGACAGUUUGCGCUGAGUUUGCUCUCCUCCGACAUUGGACACAGGCUGACUCUGGGCGGGCCGUGUACAUUGCGCCUUUCCAGGAGCUUGUCGAUUCUCGCCUCCAGGACUGGCAGAAGCGAUUGAGCCGUCUGAACGGUGGAAAGGAGAUUGUGAAGCUCACUGGCGAGACAGCCACUGAUCUUAAGCUCUUGGAGAAGGGCGACCUGAUCCUAGCCACCCCAACCCAAUGGGAUGUUUUGUCCAGACAAUGGAAGCGCCGCAAGAACGUUCAGACCGUGGAGCUUUUUAUUGCUGACGAGAUUCACCUUCUGGGAGGCUUCCAGGGUUAUGUGUAUGAGACGAUCGUGUCCCGCAUGCAUUAUAUCCGCAGCCAGACGGAGCUGCCCAUGCGAAUAAUCGCUCUCAGCGUGUCGCUUGCGAAUGCACGAGAUAUCGGCGAGUGGAUUGAUGCCAAGAAGCACGACAUCUACAACUUCAGCCCCCAUGUUCGGCCUGUACCUCUUGAGCUUCAUCUCCAGUCUUUCACCAACCCUCACUUCCCGUCUCUGAUGCUGGCGAUGGCCAAGCCCACAUACUUGGCUAUCACACAAAUGUCUCCCGACAAGCCCGCCAUGAUCUUCGUGCCCAGCCGCAAGCAGACACGAGCAACCGCCCGUGACCUUCUGGCUGCCUGCUUCGCCGACGACGACGAGGAUCGCUUCCUCCACGCCGAAGUAAAGCAAAUGCAGCCCCUGCUUGAGCGCAUCCACGAGGAGGCGCUUGCGGAGGCGCUAUCCCAUGGUGUUGGUUAUUAUCAUGAGGCUCUCAGCCAGAGUGACAGGCGAAUUGUGAAGCAUCUUUAUGACAACGGCGCUAUUCAGGUUCUCGUUGCGUCCCGAGAUGUCUGCUGGGAACUGAACAGCACUGCCCAUCUCGUCAUCGUCAUGGGAACGCAGUACUUUGAGGGUCGUGAGCAUCGAUAUGUUGACUACCCUCUCAGCGAGGUGCUGCACAUGUUUGGCAAGGCCCUUCGUCCAUCCAAGGAUGGUCGCGGCCGUGGUGUCCUCAUGCUUCCCCAAGUGAAGCGUGAGUAUUACAAGAAGUUCCUGAACGAGGCUCUUCCAGUAGAGUCGCAUCUUCACAACUACCUGCACGACGCGUUUGUCACUGAAAUCAGCACCAAGAUGAUCGAGUCUGGUGAUGACGCGAUCAACUGGACGACAUUCACCUAUUUCUACCGCCGACUGCUCGCCAACCCUAGCUACUAUAGCUUGACAAGCACAACUCACGAGGGCCUGAGCAACUACAUGUCUGAUCUGGUCGAGACGACCUUGCGUGAGCUUAGCGAGUCAAAGAUUAUCGACUUUGACGAAGAGGACGGCUCCGUGUCGCCGCAGAACGCUGCCAUGAUUGCCGCCUACUACAACAUCUCGUACAUUACCAUGCAGACCUUCCUGCUCUCGCUCAGCGCUCGUACGAAGCUCAAGGGCAUCAUGGAAAUCGUCACAUCUGCGACUGAGUUUGAGUCGAUCCAAAUUCGACGCCACGAGGAUGGUCUCUUGCGACGCAUCUACGACCGGGUCCCUGUCAAGAUGUCUCAACCAGUCUAUGACUCACCACACUUCAAGGCCUUUGUGCUACUCCAGGCUCACUUCUCGCGGAUGCAGUUGCCAAUUGAUCUGGCCAAGGACCAGGAGGUGUUGAUCUCGAAGGUCCUCAGCCUCCUCAGUGCCAUGGUCGAUAUCCUGUCCUCGGACGGUCAUCUCAACGCCAUGAAUGCCAUGGAGAUGUCGCAAAUGAUUGUCCAAGGCAUGUGGGAUCGGGAUAGUCCUCUCAAGCAGAUUCCUCACUUUACUCCAGAGGUUGUCAAGGUGGCGAACGAUUUUGGCAUCAAGGACAUUUUCGAUUUCAUGGAGGAGAUGAACCCAGACGAGAAUGCCGAUUACAACAAGCUUGUCAAGCGACUUGGCCUGUCGCAGAAGCAGCUGGCUGAAGCGGCCAACUUUACAAACGACAAGUACCCUGAUUUGGAACUCGAGCACGAGAUUCUGGACGCGGACGAGAUCAGGGCUGGUGAGCCAGCAUACUUGGGCAUCAAGAUUGCGCGCAACCUCGAGGAGGAGGAUGGCGAUUACGAUUCUACGGUGCAUGCGCCAUUCUACCCCGUCAAGAAGAUGGAGAACUGGUGGCUGGUUGUCGGUGAUGAAAAGACCAAGAAUCUUUUGGCCAUCAAGCGAGUGACAAUCGGGCGGGAACUGAACGUCCGGCUCGAGUACACUGUGCCAUCACCAGGUGAGCACGACCUGAAGCUGUUCCUAAUGAGCGAUAGUUAUGUUGGAGUCGACCAAGAGCGGGAAUUCUCGGUGACGGCAGCCGAGGGCAUGGAUGUGGACGACGAUGAGGAGGACUCGGACGAAGACGAGGAGUAG